GAUAAGGAAGGGCGCUGACAACGUGUGCUGGAUUCUUCCAGUGAAAGUGAACUUAUAUGGUCCUCACUGUAAGGUCACGUCCAACUCGCUCUGCAGCCGACACAGUGCAGUUAUCAGGAAACCUCUGGGUGAGUUCCAACCAUUUUAAAAAAAGCCAGGGGAACCUUUCCUUCCCCACUCUGCCAAGCUCAGGAGCAGGGGGAGCAUUCUGCAGUUUGAAGGAACAUGCAGCGGGCGUGGGAAUGGGCAACGCUCUGAUGUCCGUCGUCGCUUUCUUCCCGUCGAAAUCGUGCCAGAAGCUCGUGCUGGGCGGCGACAUCGAGGAGAUGCCGCCGGACAAAAUGCUGGACUUGAGCGGGAGGCACCUGAGGAGGUUCCCGGUGCAGGCCUGCGCCUUCACGCAGCUCCUGAAGUUGUACCUCAGCAACAACAACCUGAGCAGCCUGCCCGCCGAGCUGCAGCUGCUGGGCCGCCUGCAGAUCCUGGCGCUGGACUUCAACCGGUUCCGGGAGCUCCCCGCGGCGGUGUGCCGCCUCCGCCAGCUCUCCAUCCUCUACCUGGGCAACAACAGCCUGUGCGACCUGCCGGCCGAGCUCGGCGCGCUCGCCGACCUCAAGACGCUGUGGAUCGAGUGCAACUGCUUCGAGCGCGUGCCGCAGGUGGUCGCCGAGCUCCGGCAGCUGCGGGUCCUCCACGCCGGCUGCAACCAGCUGGGGGAGCUGCCGCGGGAGUUGCGGCGGCUCCGGCAGCUGCAGAGCAUCUGGUUGCCGGGCAACCAGCUCGGCGACUUCCCGCCGGUCCUGCUGGAGAUGGAGAGCCUGGAGGUGAUCGACCUGGACCGCAACAAGAUCAGGUGCUUCCCCAGCCUGGCGCACAUGAAGAACCUGAAGCUGGUGAUGUACGACCACAACCCGUGCAAGAACGCCCCCAGGGUGGCGCAGGAGGUCAGGAGGGUGGGGCGCUGGGCUGACUACCGCCCCGAGGACCACAUUAAGUCACCGGCGGAGGCAGCGCCCGAGCAAGUGGGAGAGAGCAGGGACGUUGAAGCAGCAGAGAAGGCUGGACAAAACCAGGAGUUCGCUUAAAGAAAAGGUGUA